AUGGCGUCGCCUUCCAAUGUCUCGUUCCUCCACGAUCCUCUCUUCCUUGCCCGCCGCGAUCUGCACGUCGAAAUGCCUGGCUUCGUCCUCGACAACGUCCGGCUCUUGUUCUUCACUUCAACUCCCGCAGUCCUGGCCAGCAUCAUUGCUGCGGCUGCCGCCGUCACCGCUGCGGUGGUCUGGACAAGAGACCCGUUGGCCGCGUUCUCGGUCAUUGGGCAGGAAUGGGGGGACGAGAACAAGAGGAGGGAGAGGUUUGUAAUGGACGCGAAGAAGAUUUAUUUGGAGGGUUAUAAGAAGUUCAAAGAUGGCGUGUAUCAGAUCACGACUGUGAGACGAUCCAAAACGAUCGUCAUCGCGCCCAAGUUUCUCGAUGAGCUGAGGAAGCUGCCGGAUGACGUGGUGUGCAACCAGUGCGCCGCCGAUGAGACCCUCGAGUCCAAAUACACCAACCUCAACACCCACGAGCCCCUCCACGGGCACGUCAUGAAAACCCUCCUCACACCCAACCUCCGCCGCCUCAACCCCCGCAUCGCCGAGACCAUCACCAUCACCACCGCCAUCCACCUCCGCCUCCCCGCCUCCACCACCACCUGGUCCCCCCUCAACGCCACCACCCCGCUCCUCCACAUCGUCGCCGCCGCCACCGGCGCCAUCGGCGUCGGCACCCCCCUCUGCCUCGACCAGACGUAUCUCGACGCCUCGGUGCAGUACGCCAGCAGCGUCAUGCGCGCCAUGGCGGCCGCGAGUCGCGUGCCCUGGUGGGCGAGGUGGUUGGUGGCGCCGUGGUUGAGGGAGUGCAGGGAGGUGAGGGUGAGGGAGAGGGAUGUGGGGGCGUUGGUGGGGGGGUUGGUGAGGGAGAGGAGGAUGAAGGAGGGGAAGAAGGGAGACGGGGAGGGGGAUAUGUUGGGGUGGUUUGUGGAGAGCGGGGCGAGGUUUGGGGUCGAUGAGGAGUGGAAGGUCGUGCGGGCUUAUCUGGGGUUCGUGUUUGCGGCCGUGCAUUCGACGACCGUGGUGGUGGUGAAUGUGCUGUUCAACCUCGCCGCCAUGCCCGACUUCACAACGGAGCUUCGCGAGGAAAUCACAACCGUCCUGGCCCGACACGACGGCGUGAUGACGUUCCAAGCCCUCCAAGAAAUGACGAAGCUCGACUCCUUCAUGAAAGAAACCCUCCGCCUCUACCCCCUCCAAUUCGCAAACUUCCAACGCAAAGUCCUCAAACCCUUCGCCCUCUCCACCGGCCCCGUCAUCCCCGCCCACACCGUCAUCGAAGUCCCCAGCAUGGCCGUCUCGCUCGACCCCGCCCGCUUCCCCGACCCCACCCGCUUCGACCCGCUGCGCUUCCACCGCCUGCGCACCGCGCCCGCCGCCGACCCCUCCAAGCACCAGUUCGCCACCGUCGCCGAGGAUAGCACCAACUUCGGCUGGGGCCGCCACGCGUGUCCCGGCAGGUUCUUCGCCGCGAAUGAGAUCAAGAUGGUCGUGGCGGCCGUGGUGCGGGGGUGGGACGUGAAGAUGCCUGAGGCGGGGGAGGGGGAGGGCGAGGCGGAGAGGGAGUGGGAGGGGAGGAGGUGGAGGAAUUGGGAGUAUGGGAAUUUUAAAUACCGAACCCCGCGCGCAAACCUCGCUCGGUGGUUCUCUUUUCCGUCUCUUUUCGCCAACGUUCAUCGUCGGCUCGCUGACUGUUCGCGGGUUGUCGAUGGCAUGGAUCCUAUCAGCACAUUCUCCUUGGCAGCAGGCGUCAUACAGGUUGUCGACUACGGGACCCGUGUUCUCUCCACCACCUACCAAAUCUAUCAGUCCGGGUCGGGCCAGACUACGCGCGAUGUCGAGCUGUCAAGCUUAUCUCAGGAUCUUUCCGAUUUGAGCGAGCGGCUGAAGAAGAGGCCUUCGGGAACACCUGAGAACGCCUUGCUUCAUUUGUGCGACCGCUGCGUAGAAGCCAGUGAUGAGCUGCAGAGGGCCAUCGAUGCUCUCCGAGCGCGGGGAACAACAAGAAUCAGUGUCGCCGCGAGCAGCUUAGUUUCGGCUCUGAAAUCCAUCUGGACCGAGGACAAGAUUGGGAGGUUGCGCGAUCGCUUGUCAGAGAUUCGGUCUCAGAUGACGAUCGCGACUCUAGUCUCUGUCUGGGAAGAGACUCAGCUGGACAGCCAGAGACACGUCGAAUUGAGAGACCGGCUCGAUGAAAUCGCCGAGAAGCUUGACCGUCGCGACACAUCAGCUCAUCGAUUUGCAAUUGAGCUCAAGGGAAUGACAUCGCAAGACGAGGAGAGCCAAUCUUCACGAAAGAAUCACGAGCUGGUCCGAAUCAUUUGGAACACUGAUCGGUCGUUUUGGGCUCUCAAUCAAAGUGGCCAGCAGUUCAAUGCUCCUCAGUCUGUGGAUCGAUCUUCAUACGACGACGUUCCGGUGGCCGCCAAGGUCUUGAGCAAUCUAUGGUAUAGCGACAUGGAAUCCCGAGGAGAAGCUAUCCCCAAUGCCUAUGCAGAUACUUUUGAAUGGAUCUUCCGCGACGAACACGUGGAUGAACACGGACAAGAGUUGAAGUGGUCAAGCUUUCCAGCUUGGCUUCGGCAGGACUCACGCUCCAUCUACUGGAUAACUGGCAAGCCCGGCUCGGGGAAGUCGACCCUCAUGAAGUUCAUCUUCGAGCAUGAACAACUGCGGCGCCACCUCCAGGACUACGCCAAAGAUCUGCCGCUGAUGCUUGCCGGCUUCUUCUUCUGGAAUCCCGGCUCCAAGAUGCAAAAGUCCCACGAAGGCCUCAUCAGGGCUCUUUUACAUCAAUGUCUGACUGUCCGACGGGAUUUGAUCUCCGUCGUUCUACCCAGACGUUGGGCAUUAUACAGUCUUCUCGGGCACGAUUCAACCGCCCCAGAUUGGUCCUGGGGAGAGCUAAAGGAGUCGUUCGAGAUUCUCUGCUCUUAUCACGGAAAGGAAUUCCAGCUUGCUCUGUUUCUGGACGGGCUUGAUGAGUUUGACGGAACUCACGUGGACCUCAUACAAUGGGCAAAGGACAACAUUGCUUGUCGCGAUAUCAAACUUUGUGUCUCGAGCCGACCCUGGAACAUAUUCUCGGAUGCGUUUGGCCAGGGCCACUCCUUGACGAUGCAAGACCUGACGAGACGUGACAUUGAACAUUUCGUCAAGGCGGAAUUCGACAACAGCCCCGCGUUCCAGGACUUGAGAGGGAUCUACGAGCUUGAGACGAAUCGACUUCUCAGCGAAAUCACACGGAAGGCCCAAGGCGUCUUUUUGUGGGUCAACCUCGUCGUUCGGUCUCUGUUAGAGACUUUGACCGACAGCCCAUCUUUGUCACAUGUUGAGGCAGUACUAGCUGAGAUCCCGGCCGACAUAGCUGGCCUGUACAACUCAAUAUGGCGCUCGAUACCGACCGAGAGACUUCCGACAUCGUCCAAACUGUUCCAACUUUGCGUAAUUCAGGAUCCAAAUGAGCACCACGUCACAGUUGAGAUGUUUUGGCGCGCCACUGAAGGGAGCUUUGCCAAAUCCCGGCCUGUGGCAAUGGAUGAAAACGCACGCAAACGCAUUACAAAUGUUAUGAAACGACUGCUGGACGGGCAUACCCGCGGAAUCCUAGAGAUAUCUUCAAAUCAGGUUCAGUUUCUACACCGCUCAGCUAGGGACUGGAUAACAGACGCCGGGAUUUGGGGAGAAAUAUGCUCCAAAGCGCCAGCAGACUUUGACCCACAUAUGGAUCUGCUCGAGGCCUACCUGGCCCAGCCACCAACGGUCAUAGGGAGUGAGACGGACCUAUUAUCAGGAUUCGUCCAUAAAUUCCUUUUUUACGCACGCGGUGCCUCGAAGUCAAUUAAAGUUACGGAAGAUCGACUUGUACAAGCUCUCGACCGCGCUAAUGAGCUGGCCUGCGACUUGAGCGUAGCCUCUCCUCAUAUUACCAGGAAAUUGUCAGUCGAUUCAACGCAUCCUGACCGCGACGAAUAUUCUCUUCGACACUGGUCGACCGUUCAAUAUUUUAAUAUCGAUAAGGAAAACUCGUUUGUCGGCAUUGCUGCACAGUACGGUGUUUUUAAAUAUGUUCAAGCAAAGGUCUCGGCGAACAGACGUCUUUUGGAGUCGAAACCUAACAGAGUCUCACUGCUGGAAAACGCAGUUUUCCCUGGCCUUACUUCCAUACAGCUCCAUACGAGAUAUGGACUGUACGAUAUUCUUCCACAGGGUUCAGUAGGCGAGGAGCAAGCACGAAUCGUCCGAUUUCUUCUCGACGCCAGCAGUGCGCACUACAGGACGGCCUUCGGCCGCUCAUUGUACGAUACUCUGCUGGAAGUACAAGGUGCCAAGAGAGUGUCGAUGAUGAUGCCUAUAUCUCCCGAGUGGUACGUUGAGGCUCGGAAAAUUCUGGAAGAGUAUGGGUAUGGUCACGAGGCAGCCAGGCCCGAGAUAGCCAGGCCUGAGGCAGCCAGGCCCGAGGCAGCCAUGCUCGAGGUAGCCAAGCCUGAGGUAGCCAAGAUUGUGAAGGCGAAAAAGCUCGGAAGGCUUCUGAGAAGAAUGCGUACGAAGCUCGUGAAUUGA